GACUAGAGUGAAAAUAUGCAAGUGUUUCUAGGGAACAAUUCCUUCCAUCAGAUUAACUUCAGGCAUCCCCGUGGAAUAAAGCCGCCGCCCCUGCUGCAUAUACACAUCAUCUUCUCCACCAGAUACAUCUGAAACCCUAAUGAGACAACAAUGGUGGAACUGUCUCCAAUUCACAUAACCAAUAAUGAAGAAGCUUCAUUCACAUCUACUCCGUCACUUCACAUCAUCUUCAACCUCUCGCACAUCCACAAUCUCUACCGAAGUCUCCAACAUCGUCCACUCAGUCGAUCCAAUGGAACCCGCACUCGACCAAAUUGCCUCAUUCCUCUCCCCUGACGUCAUCACCCACGUCAUCCAAACACAACAAAACCCUCACCUCUGUUUCCGCUUCUUCAUCUGGUCCUCCCAACGCAAGCAGUUUCGCAGCUGGGUUUCCCACAAUUUGAUCAUCAACAUGCUCAUUUCCCCCAAUUCAACAAUACCCACAAAAAAAUUGGAUCUUUUUGAUGAGUAUUUAACAGUUCUUGAUGAGGUUAAUAAGCUCGGGUAUCGGGUUUCAUCCGAUGCGUUUGCGGCUUUGAUAGGUGGGUAUUGGGGGGUGAAGAAUGGGGAGAAGGUAAUGGAAGUGUUUGGUAAGAUGAAGGAGUAUGGCUGUGAGGCUAAUUUGUUUACUUAUAAUUUGGUUUUACAUGUUUUGGUGAGUAAAGGGAUGGUGUUGUUAGCGUUAGCGGUUUAUAAUGUGAUGUUGAAGGUGAAUUGUCAUUUGAAUUGUGCUACUUAUAGUAUUUUGGUUGAUGGGUUGUGCAAAAGUGGGAAGAUUAGUGAUGCACUUGAGUUGUUCGAUGAAAUGUCGAAGAGAGGGAUUGCGCCAAGUAAGGUGACCUAUACGGUUGUGCUUAACGGGUUGUGUCAGGCGAAGAGGAUUGAUGAUGCAUACCGGUUGUUUGAGGAUAUGAGGAGGGGGUUUGGGGAGGUGGAUUCGGUUGCGUGUAAUGCGUUGCUUAACGGAGUUUGUAAGUUGGGUCGGAUGGAGGAAGCUUUGGGUCUUUUAAAGAGGUUUGAGAAAGAUGGGUUUGAGCUUGAUUUGAAUGGGUAUAGUUCGUUGAUCGACGGGUUGUUUAGAACAAAAAGGUUUAAAGAAGGUCAUGAUAUGUUUAAGCAAAUGAUCGAAGCUGAUAUCACACCUGAUGUUGUAUUAUACACGAUCAUGAUUCGAGGAUUGUGUGAUGAAGGUAGAGUGCAUGAUGCGUUUAAGAUGAUUAAAGAAAUGACCGAUAGGAAUCUGAUGCCGGAUACUCAAGCGUAUAACACAUUGAUCAAAGGGUUUUGUGACGCGGGUCUUUUGGAUGAAGCGCGUUCGCUAAAACUUGAAAUUUCUGGCGUUGAUGAGUUUCCGGAUGCAUGUACGUACACUAUACUUAUAUCGGGUAUGUGUAGAUACGGGUUAGUAGGAGAUGCAGAAAAUAUAUUUAACGAAAUGGAAAAACAUGGAUGUGUGCCUUCCGUUGUGACGUUUAAUUCGCUUAUCGACGGGCUUUGUAAAUCCGGCGAGCUUCAAAAAGCUCAUCUUUUGUUUUACAAAAUGGAAAUCGGAAGAAACCCCUCGUUAUUUCUUCGGUUAGCUCAAGGUUCGGAUAGAGUUGUCGAUAGCGGUAGCUUGCAAACGUUAGUCACCAAAUUAUGCGAAUCGGGCUCAACGUUAAAAGCGUACAAACUUCUUAACCAGCUUGCCGACACUGCAAUCAUGCCAACGAUCACAACUUAUAACAUCUUGAUUAACGGUUUGUGUAAAACAGGGAGAUUGGAUGGUGCGUUUAAGCUCUUUAAGGAGCUUCGGUUGAAGGGUAUUUCGCCUGAUUCGGUUACAUAUGGGACGCUCAUUAACGGGCUCCAAAGUGUUGGGAGAGAAGACGAUGCGUUUACGCUUUUAGAAGAAAUGGUCGGAAACGGAUGUAAACCGACACCAGCGGUUUAUAAAACACUCAUGAAAUGGUCUUGUAGAAGAAGAAAGACGUUUGCAGCGUUUAAUCUAUGGUUAAAGUAUUUAAAAACCAUCCCAAAACGAGACGAAACGGUUAUAAAACUGGUCGAAGAUUAUCUCCAAAAAGGCGAAAUCGAAAGGCCCGUGAGAUUAUUACUCGAUAUGGAUUUAAAGCUGCACGAUUUCGAUUCAGCACCGUAUACGAUCUGGCUAAUCGGAUUUUGUCAGGGGCAAAAGACGAACGAAGCGCUAACGUUACUUUCUAUUUUGAACGAGUAUAAUAUUAAUUUAACACCUCCAAGUUGCGUGAUGUUAAUUAGUACGCUUUGUCGAGAAGGGAAAUUGAGUUUAGCGGUCGAAGUUUUUCUCUACGCGUUGGAAAAAGGUUUCACGUUGAAACCGAGAAUUUGCAAUAGUUUAAUAAAAUCCCUUCUUCGAUCUCGAUUUAUAGCGGCUAACGAUGACGCAUUUGCGCUUAUGGAGAAAAUGGUGUCGUGUGGGUAUGAUUUGGAUGGCUAUCUUGAUGACGAUACGAAUUUUCUUUUAAACAAUCGUCUAAGAAAACAAGAAGUGCAGCAUGUGUUAACGAGAUGAGGAUGCUUCGCAUGAUCGCGGGUACUGUUGUAAAAGUCAACUGAGAACACUCUUUCGAUCUGCUAUUUUCACAUAUUGAUAGGCUAAUGCGUCUAUAGAAACAGGCUUCGAAAGUCUCCAUUCUUUCUGCAAAUUUCGUCCAGAUGGUUCUUAAGAGUUAUUCUUCCCACCAGGUUCUUCCCGGACGCGGGUAUGGUUUUCACAGCCUCUCCAUUUUUAGAUGCUAUUAUUAGCGUAUAUAUCUAUAAGAACUGUCAACUUUAAAAUCAUGGGAUUUGUUUUUUGCGUAUGUUAUACCGUUAAUACGCAUGGCUGUUAUAACCUGUUAAUCAAGAAAUGGGUUGAUUUGGGUACAAAAAAAUUGAUUGUGGGUUUAUAUGGGUCUUUUAAAAUUAUACAGUGGGUUAAUAUCGGUGUACUCAAAUUUUACAACAGGUCUGUAUCAUAGUUAUUAAAGGCUCUAGGCGCACUCAAGGCGCAUAAGCCUCGCCUAGGGCCUAGGUGCAAGGCGCAAAAAAAACGAGGGCCUGAGAAAAAAAGAGCGCAGGAUGAAAAAAAUUAAAAUAUUUUAUGUAUUAGAAAAUUAAUACUAUUUUUUAAAUAAAAUAAACAAAAGCUAUCAUAUAACUUUUAAUAUCGUCUGAUUAGUACCAAAGGUUGUAAAAUAUUAGUGUAGAAAAGUAGUUUUCCUUAUAUAAAAGUAGAAAUUUGGCUGGAAUCUGGAAUCUUGCCAGAAUUUAGCCGGAAACUUUCUAGAAUCUAGGAAUCUUGCCGAAAUCUGCGCCUGAUCCAUCACCUAGAGAAUUAAAGUGCAAUUGCCUUGACUUAAAGUACAAUUGUCUCGCCUAGCUUGGAAAACGGGUCUAGAUGUAAGAGGCGAUGACAUUUAACAACUAUGGUCUAUAUUAGUGUAUACUCAUAUUUUACAACGGGUUAAUUUUAUGUUAUACAAAAGGUCAAUUUGGGCUCAUACUAUGUUUGCAUUUGUUGUACUGUUUUGUUGAAGAAUGUACAUUGCUACUGUUUUUGCAUUUGCUGUUCCGUUUAUACACCUGGCAAUUAUAACCGGUUAAUCAAGAAAUGAGUUGAUUUAGGUAAAAAAACUACUAUGGGUUCAUAGGGUCCACUAAAAUUAUACAGCGGAUCAGUUUGGGUUUACUCAACUUUUACAACAGGUAUGGGUGUACUUGAAUCUUACAACGUUCAAUUUGGGUCUACUACCCAAAUUAUACAAUAAGUCAAAUUUGGGUUGAUACUGUUUCUGCUUUUAUUGUACUGUUUUGUUGAAGAAUGUAGAUUGCUAUUAUACAUCAAGAAUAGAUUGAUUUGGGUAAGAAAAGAUUGAUUAUGGGUUCAUAUGUCUAUACUAAAGUUAUACAACGGGUCAAUUUCGUCUGCUUAACGUGUCAAUUUGGGUUCCUCCUGUUUUUGCAUUUCUUGUAAUGUUUUGUUAAAGAAUUUACAUUGCAACUGUUUGCAGUAGUGUUAUACUGGUAAGUGGUAAUCUGUUAUGCUCAAGUAACUGAAAAGUGAUUUAUGAGUCAAA